AUGGAUAUUGCUAACCAGUCCAGUGAAGGCUCUGCCCUGGUGCAUCAGCAGAUGUUUAGGGUGAAACUGAAUGAGGGGCCGCUCACUAAACUUGUUGUUGCCACUCUCAUGUCCCUGUUUUUCACAGGCAUCAACAGCAUCAUGUUUCACACUCUCUUGAGUAAGCCUAUGUUAAGAGAGCUGCCUCGCUAUAUCCUCUUUGCCCACAUGCUCUGUAAUGAUAGUGUUCAGUUAAUGGUCUCCAUAUUGCUCUAUAUUUUGUCCUUGAAUGCGCAACUGAUUCCUAAGGCCGUCUGUGCACUGAUCUCGUUGGUGGGAGUGGCAACAUUUUGCAAUGCUGCAUUGAAUCUGGCUGUGAUGUCGCUUGAGCGCUACGUGGCUAUUUGUUUUCCAUUAAGACACAGUGAGAUGGUGACCCGAAAAACAACAGGUGUUUCUAUUGUGGUCAUCUGGCACUUCAGUAUGUUAAACAUGUCGAUCGAUAUAAUUUAUGGACUGAUAGUGAGUCCAGCAUCUUUUAAAGAUCCCAUGUUCUGUUAUCGAGAGAGAUUUCUUGUGUCACCAUGGCAAAUAGAUGUAUUUCAGGGCUUCAACAUAUUUUUCUUUGUGAUGGUAACUGCCAUUUUAAUUUUCACCUACAUUAAUGUUGUGGUUGCAGCUCGAUCUGCCUCAGCUGAAAAAGAAUCUGCCAAGAAGGCUCAUAAGACCAUACUGCUUCAUCUUGUUCAGCUAGUGCUCUGUGUUAACACAUUUAUUUACGGAUCUAUAGAGAGAGCCCUGGCUAUGACCAGCAGCAGUCGACUGUUUAUGGACCUGCGCUACCUGAACUUUCUCUUUGUUCUCAUUCUGCCUCGGUGCCUGAGCCCCCUGAUCUACGGCCUGAGAGACGAUGCUGUUCGGCCCUUAUUCCUCUACUAUGUCAGGUGUGGAACCCAAAAGGUCAAGCCCUCUAUAUCUGAAAACUUAUAA